AUGUGUUAUUUGCACUUGGAAAUGAAGGAUAGACAACGUUGGAGAGCUGAAGAGGAUGCUUUACUACGUGCAUAUGUCAAGCAGUAUGGUCCAGGAGAAUGGAAUCUUGUGUCUCAGCGCAUGAACACACCUCUCAAUAGGGAUGCCAAAUCAUGCUUAGAAAGGUGGAAGAACUACCUCAAGCCUGGCAUUAAGAAAGGAUCUCUUACCGAAGAAGAGCAGCGUCUUGUCAUCAAUCUUCAAGCAACACACGGAAACAAGUGGAAGAAAAUAGCCGCACAAGUCCCUGGUCGCACUGCCAAGAGGUUAGGAAAGUGGUGGGAAGUGUUCAAAGAGAAGCAGCAAAGAGAAACAAAGGGGAAUAACUGCACCGUCGACCCAAUUAACCAUAGCAAGUACGAACAUAUACUCGAGAGUUUCGCUGAGAAACUGGUGAAAGAAAUCCCUUCACCAUCAUUUGUUAUGGCUACUUCUAACAGUUCUUUUCUGCACACUGACGCACCAGCGCCUGCACCAGCCUUGCUUCCAUCUUGGCUUUCAAAUUCCAAUGGCACUGCACCUGUGAGGCCACCCUCCCCUUCUGUGACUCUCAGUCUCUCUCCCUCGACGGUGGCAGCGCCUCCUCCAUGGAUGCAACCUGUGAGAGGACCAGACAAUGCUUCUCCUCUUGUUUUGGGGAAUGUGGCUCCUCAUGGGGCUGUUUUAGCAUUUGGUGAAAACAUGGUGAUGUCUGAGCUGGUGGAGUGCUGCAAAGAGUUGGAAGAAGUGCAUCAUGCUUUGGCUGCACACAAGAAGGAAGCAGCAUGGCGGUUAAGCAGGGUGGAGCUGCAGUUGGAGUCAGAGAAGGCUGGCAGAAGAAGGGAGAAGAUGGAGGAAGUUGAAGCCAAGAUCAAAGCUCUGAGGGAGGAGCAAACAGCUGCAUUGGAUAGAAUUGAAGCAGAAUACAGGGAGCAGUUGGCAGGGUUGAAAAGAGAUGCAGAGAGCAAGGAGCAGAAGUUGGCUGAACAAUGGGCUGCAAAACACAUGCGCCUCACCAAAUUUCUAGAACAGGUAGGAUGCAGAUCAAGGCUCUCUGAACCAAAUGGAAGAUGA